GUUUCAUUUAGACUGGCGCGCUACCCUGACGUUCAAACGUCAAGCGAUUUUGCCGCGCAAAGUGACAGUUCGACUUUUUUUCGUAAUUAUUAAAAUUUUCAGCCAGUGCAUUAUAAAAUGGAAAGAUAGAAAAAUUAUUGCGUGGAAUUUAUUUUAAUUUUCGAAGACUGUUAAAUCAGAAUUUGCAUUUUCAAACAAUUUUGCAUUCUGCGGCUGUGUUUUGUUAGUGUUAGAGAGGCUGUCAUGGCAAAUACAAUCUAUGUACUUGCGUUCUGCGCUGUACUAACAGCCGUAGCAGCGUACCACCGGCCCGACCUGCCCCCUGGACCCUACUGUGGUCUACCGUCUAACAACCAGUGCUGUCAGAAUAGGAAGGACGAUUGUUCCCACAGAAUACUGGACACGCUGUGUUAUUGUGAUGAAUUCUGUAACCGGACCCGCGCCCACGACGACUGCUGCCCGGACUACGAGGCUGUAUGUAUGGGCAUUCAGCCCGAACCUGAGUACCUGAUCCAGCCCUGUAUCUACAGGAACAGGCAGUACUAUCCGGGUGAUAAGAGGACAGAUAACUGUAAUACUUGUGAAUGCAUCAUCACCGAUGAAGUGAAGCUCACGACCGAAUGGAAAUGCGACGCAGACGAAUGCCUCAUGAGCCAGGAUGUGGUGUACGGUGUUAACCAGCCUGGCAUGAGCUGGAGAGCGUAUAACUAUAGCCAGUUCUAUGGCAAGAAACUAAAAGAGGGCCUCAAGUAUAAGCUUGGUACAUUCCCACUUAGUGCGGAGACAAAACGCAUGGGCGCUAUUCGGUACGACAAAAAUAUACCAUACCCUGAGAACUUCGACGCUCGUCGCCGCUGGCCUAACUUCAUAUCUCCGGUUAUAGACCAGGGCUGGUGCGGAUCAGAUUGGGCCGUGUCUAUUGCUGGUGUUGCUUCUGACAGAUUCGCGAUCCAAUCGAAUGGUGCUGAGAACAUGAUGCUGAGUCCGCAGACGUUGCUGUCAUGUAACAUCCGCCAGCAACAGGGAUGCGCCGGCGGCCAUAUUGACGUCGCUUGGAAUUUCGCGAGGGGACACGGGCUAGUAGACGAGAACUGCUUCCCCUACAAAGCGGCAGUGACGCGAUGCCCCUUCAAGCCCAAGGGCACGCUGAUCUCGGACGGGUGCCGGCCGCGCGCGCCGCGCACCUCGCGCUACAAGGUCGGCCCGCCCGGCCGCCUGAGCAGCGAGGCGGACAUCAUGUACGAUAUAAUGGAGUCCGGCCCGGUUCAGGCGGUAAUGACAGUAUACCAAGACUUCUUCCACUACCGCGACGGUAUCUACCGCCGCAGCCGGCACGGCGACAACACGCUGCAGGGGCGACACAGCGUCAGAAUCGUGGGCUGGGGGGAGGAGCGCGGAGAUAAAUACUGGACUGUAGCAAACAGCUGGGGCACUGAAUGGGGUGAGAACGGCUUCUUCCGUAUCGCUCGCGGCAACAACGAGUCCGGCAUCGAGUCCUUCGUAGUGACCGUCCUCAGUGACGUCACCGAGGCGAACCAGAAGAAAUAACAGCGGAGCUUCCUCAUCACUCCCCUGUGCGUCAUCACCAAGGCCGUGAAAACGGACAGGGGACUGAUACUGUUGAACAGUACGAGAAACUUCGGGUAAGAUCUGGUUCACGUUGUGAUAUUUUAGGUUAGGUAAGUAAUGCGGUGGAUUCUGGCGUGGAACGUUUCCUGUGUAGCUUUUAUAUUGGAUAUUGUUAACUUUCUAAAUAUUAGGUUUCGAACUUGAUAUGUAAAACUGUUCAUCACGAUCUAAUUAAAGUGCGAACGAUAGAUAUAAGAACGACGAUCAAUGUAUUUAUCGAAUAAAUAUUAAUGCAUUUUAAAUUUAAUUGUUAGACGGUAAAAUAUAAAAUGCAAACCAAAAAUUUGUAACCACAUAAGCUAGUGCCUUUUUAUAUUACCCAUAUAAUAUUUUAUAAUAUCUACACCAAUGCCUAGAAAUAGUAGUAGUCACACUGCCUUGUCUUACUGCCCAAGUAUAUUUAGACUAUAUUAUGUACGACGCCAAGAAUAUAAAAAAAAUCCUUAUUUUCUACGAAUAUGUUGCGUCCACACGGUUUUAUUAUUGACUCUUAAAAAAUACACAGCUAAUGUAAAUUAAACCACGUAAAAAAGUUAACAAUUUUUAUAAUAAACACCAUACAUUAUGAGUGUUAGAUGUGAGAUUUUUUGGGUAGGUACAAGUUGACAGUUUGCACCGUGUGGUCGAAACAUUUUUUUUUU